CUGAUGACAGGUUCUGACAUUUAUUCCGUUUGCUGACAAAUCAGACUAACGAAUACACCUAAAAUGAUUUCCAAGGCCGUCAUCAUCUGCAUCCUCGCCUUCAUAGGACAGGCUAUAAGCGUGCCGAGCUGCUACAAAGCUAUCUCCUCCAAGCUAGCUAACUCCUCCAAGCUAGCUAGCUCCGGCAGCUGCCAGUCCAUCGUCAUCUCCAACAGCGGCGGUGAGCUACUCAUCACCAGCAUCGGCCCCAUCUCGCCGUCCGGCAUCGCCGUCGCCACCGAGCUGGGCCUGUCCGGCGACUUGGACCUGUCCGGCGAGCUGCCGUACCUGAGCGCGGUGGAGUUCCAGGGCCAGUUCGACACCAGUGGCGCCGUGCCGGUGUCGUACGGUUGCGGGGACUGCGUCGCCAUCACGCAGGAGAUCGGCAACCCGAGCGGCGCCAACGCCAACCUCAAGUCUGGUUCCUCCAAAAUCAUAAGCUGCGGUUGUGCCUAAACUUAAAUA